AUGCUGGAUCCCUCACCGUUCUUGUAUAUGGAAUGCAUAUCAUGGCGUCAGAUGUUUCAUCACCGGGCUGGAAAGCUCAAGCAGCAAAACAAGAAGCACAAAGCGCGUCGACACCUUGCGUCAAAGCGUGCGGUUAAGCGCGAUGAGGGCGGCAAGGUCACUGCUGUCAGCAGCCAUGUCUCCGUCGCCUCGUCUGCGACAUCACAACAGCGCCAAGGAAACAAACAACGUACCUUUGAGAACGAUUUCAAGCGAGAUCGCCUGAAUCGUGCCCGGCAGGUGAAGGAACAAAAGCGGCAAGAGCAGUUUUUGCAGCGGCGCACAGGCUCCGCCCUCGGUCCUCCCUCGCUUGUGGCCCUCCUGCCUCUUUCUCCGUACUGUGACUUACAUGCCGUACAAGAGGCUCUGUUUAAGACUCGCGAGCCUCAGCAAACAGCAGGAGAAGACGUUACCGUGUCGAGCCCAGGGGUUCUGACAGCGGCUUUCAAGAAUUUGAAGCAACGGUUUACCUUUUUGCUCCCCCACUUCGGGCUGCACGAGGCCUUGGAGGCAGCGCGAGUGGCAGACAUGGUACUCUUCAUCCUGGAUGUGAGCAGGGGCGCGGAAGGGGCCGUGGCGCAGGAGGGUGACCUGGCGCUCUCAGCCUUGCGGGCCCAAGGUCUGCCCACGACCGCCGGCAUCAUCCACGGGCUCGAGCACCACAAAGGACGCAAGAGCGAGCCCGAGCUACGGCGGUACGGGCAUCGCUUCUUCGAGACGGAGUUUGGGGACAAAGUGAAGGUGGGAGAGAGCAGCAACCUGGCGCAGUUGCUGCGCGUCCUGUCCACGCCCGGCGUGCCCAGCGUGCAGUGGCGGCAGGCGCGGUCCUUCAUCGUGGCCGACGCCGUGAGCUGGUCCCCGGCGCCAGGGAAGAGACGGGAGGGGGGUGCGCACGAGCGAGGUCUGGGGGAAAAGGGAGGAGGGGGAGGGUCUGAGGAGGACGAGGGCGUGCUGCGCGUGCGGGGCUAUGUGCGUGGGAAGCCUCUGGGCGUCAAUCAACUUGUGCAUGUCCCGGGUUUGGGCACCUACGCCAUGGAUCGUAUCCUCAGUAGCCGGGGGGAAGAGCCUUGCCCCUUGCGAGGCGCAUCCUCGUCCUCGUCACACAUGCAAGUCGCGCUUUCUAUGGAGGGUGCUGGAAGCCAUCAAGAGGAGGUUAUGGCGGUGGCAGCGCCAGGACCGGCGCGGGAGGAAUCUUUGAAGAUGUGGGCGGACGUGGACGAACUUGCAGGCGAGCAGACCUGGCCUAUGGCGGAAGAAGGGGGGGGAGAGUGGCCUGACGACAAUGAGGAGGGGGGGGAGAAG